ACAAAAGCAGCGCCCCCGGGAGCGGGGUGCAGAGGAGCCGCCGGCCGGGCCAUGGGAAGGUAGGCGCGCGCGGGAGAGCUGCCAGCGAGCCGGGCGAGAGGCAGUGGCACCGCGAGCCCCGGGGAGGUGACACGUGCGCCGACAUGGUCUCCACGGGGCUCCAGCUGGUGGGCUACACCGUGGCCUUCCUGGGCUACGUCGGCACGCUGACGACCACGCUGCUGCCCACCUGGAAGAUCAGCUCCUACAUCGGCUCCAGCAUCGUGACGGCCGUGGGCUUCACCAAGGGGCUGUGGAUGGAGUGCGCCACGUACAGCACGGGCAUCACCCAGUGCGACAUCUACAGCUCCCUGCUCAACCUGCCCGCCGACGUCCAGGCGGCCCAGGCCCUGAUGGUGAGCUCCAGCGCCGUCUCCUCCCUCGCCUGCCUCAUCGCCAUCAUGGGCAUGAGGUGCACCAUCUUCAUGCAAGGCUCGCCAGCCAAGGACAGGGUGGCAGUGACGGGCGGCGCGGUCUUUGUGCUCGGGGGGCUGCUCUGCUUCAUCCCCGUGGUCUGGAACAUCCACGUGGUGCUGCGGGAUUUCUACAACCCCCUGCUCCCCGACAGCACCAAGUACGAGAUGGGUGAGGCGCUCUACCUGGGCAUCAUCUCCUCGCUGCUCUCCCUCAUCGGUGGCUUCAUCCUCUGCGCCUCCUGCCCUCCCCGGGACUCGCCAGACACCUACCACAGCACCUACCAGCCCCGGCUGCUGGGGGGCAAGAGCCCCCAGCCCUCCACCAGCCAGACGCAGAAGACCAAGAGCGAGUUCGGCUCCUACAAACUGACGGGAUACGUGUAGGGGGGCCCCGCAGCUGCCCCAACGGCAAGAGAUCCCAGCUGAUUACCCAAGGUGGUGAAAGUCCCCAGAUUCGACUACCGUUACGUGCUUUGGGCAGCGCAGCGCCGUCAGCUCACGGGGAGCACCACUCACCAGCCUCGACGGGAAGAGAAGCAGCAAUGCCACAGCCCGGGCACGGCAGCCGCGCAGCACGGAGACCGCAGCCGCGCGGUGACAGCAGCCUCGGCAAGCGUGCCGGCCCCCGGCCACCUCCGGGGGUGCCCCCAGGGCUAACGCGCGGGGCCACCGUGUGUACCGCGUCGUGGGGCCGAGCGGAGGCAUCGCGGGGCAGCGGGGCGUCCGCGCCGGCCCGCUGCAGGUCAGGAGGCACCAGCCCAGGGUCGGGUGCCGGUUUCAAACCAGUGUUGCAAUAAAGCUGUGUUUCUAGCUGGGCUGUGUCUGAGCUUUCC